AUGCUGUUUAAAUCCAGAUUCCAACAUGUGUCUAUCACUCUUCUGGGAUAUUUCACUCUCGGCCAAUCCGUCUUCAUCCCACCGUCACUCACCGGUCCCCUCGAUGUAGGUGUUGUGUCCUACGAGCUAAACAACACCUCCAUUCAGCCCACGCGGGACUUAAUGGUCUCAAUAUUCUAUCCCACCUCGUCCUCAUCCUGCAAAGACUACAACCUGUCCCCGAAUUUCGGACCACAAACCGAUGUCUACACCGACAACUGGAUAGGGUUCACCGCCGGUUCUUCCGCUACUGUUCAAAUGCUUGCCUACGCUUCAGCCCCCAUCUCUCCUAAGCAUGAAAAGGUCCCAGUGUUGUUCUUUGGCCCGGGGUAUGGAAACUCGAGGGGUUAUUACAGUGGCGCGGCCCAGGAUUUGGCGAGUAAUGGUUAUAUAGUGGUGACUAUGGAUCAUCCCGUCGACUCGGAUUUCAUCGAGUAUCCCGAUGGUAGGAAUGAAACGUACGUGGAGGAUGAUACGAUGCCCAUAGAAGCAUACGUGCCGUUUGCUGACCGCCGCGUCUCUGAUAUCCGCUUUAUCCUCGAUGACCUUGGAAAGGUACAUGAGACGCCCAGAAUCCCGGGCUUGAAAGGGCAAUUGCGGCUCGAGAAAGUUGGGGCGCUAGGUCACUCCCUGGGAGGAUGCACGGCUGGUACUUUGAUGUUUAACGAUACCCGCUUUAUCGCGGGUGUAAAUAUGGAUGGUAGCAUGACUGGCCCCGUUGCCACAAAAGGUCUCGAUGGGCCGUUCCUUUUGCUAAGUAAUGAAGGUCAUACAAGGGAAUUCGAUAGCACGUGGGAAACCUUCUACAAUGCUUUGCGAGGUUGGAAGAGGGAUAUCAGGGUAAAAAAAACCCAACAUCAUCACUAUAGCGACACUCUCUACCUCGCGAAUGUUUUAAAACCGGAUGGCGAUCCGGCGAAUGCGGAUUAUGUGAGGGGCGACAGGAUGUAUGUGAUACAGACUGCUUAUGUGGUGGCAUUCUUCGACAAGUGGUUUAAAGGAGGUGGCGGGAGGCUACUUGAUAAGCCCGUGGAGGAGUUUCCCGAGAUUAUUUUUGAUUAUUAG